UAUAUAUUUUAUUAUGAAUAAAAGGCACAUUUGAAAUGCAAAAUGCAGCUCAGAUACAGGCCGAAUCUCAUCAACCAUUAUCCACACUCUUACACUAAUGCUACACUGCAGAUCCCACAUUGGUCUCAUCGAUCACCUCAGCUCUGGAGUAGAAAUAAGUCAUCCUCAAAUCUGGGAGACACCAGAGAAGGUGCAUGUCCCUGUGUAAGGGAAGAGUUAAUUGUGAUUCCUCCUUGCUACAUGCUGAAUUAAAAUGGAAGUUCAAAGACAAAAUGGUGUCAGAUUAGAAUGUGGUGAUGGCCUUCUUUCCCUCGCAUUGACCAAUGUCUUGUCUCUUUUGAAUAUACAUCAUGGAGAUGAAAUACCGAUGAAGAAUGUUUUCCUCCUUACAGACCUGUUGUCUCCUUCUUCCUAAAUUCUGUGUCUGGGAUGAAGCUCAUAAGAGAUAAGAGGAUUCAGCUGGAACCACCAAGCUACAGAAGAAUACUGGAGAACACUUGCAGCAACGUUAUGUUCAUUCCGGGACUGCAGCGCGCCUACUGGACAAUCGCGGUACUGCAGGGGUUCAGCAGCGCCCGAAAGUGAAAGGAUCCUGAACCAGGAAGUACCGAGAGUUAACAUGGCUUCGAAAGGACAGGUCGAGAGUUGGACCGAGGAAGCGAUCUGUCCCAUCUGCCUGGAUUUCUUCACCGAUCCGGUUAUACUGGAGUGUGGACACAACUUCUGCCGCUCCUGUAUCACACGGUGUUGGGAAAGGGAGGAGAGAAACUCCUGCCCGGAAUGUAGAGAGGAGAUUGCAGACCGCACCCUCAGGGUCAAUCGGGCCUUAGCAAAUCUGUCUGAGAAAGCUCGAAAACUAAACCUGAAUCCGAAAGAGAAGGAAAGUAAACUUCACUGCGAGGAACAUGAGGAAGAACUGAAGCUGUUUUGUGAGACGGACUGGAAACUGAUCUGUCUGAUCUGUAGAGAUGCACAGGAACACAAGUCUCACAACUUCAUGCCGAUUAAAGAAGCCGUUAAAAUUUACAAGGAUCGGGUUAAAUCUUCCUUAGAGUCUCUCACAAAAAAGAAAUCAGACUUUCAGGAAAUGGAGCAGCAACAGAAAGAGAAGAUUUCUGGAGUUCGGGAACAGUCACACAACGUUCAGUCCCAGAUCACAUCCCAGUUUGCUGAACUGCGCCGGAUUAUCACUGAGAAAGAGCAGCGCGCGCUCCGAGAUCUCAGGGAAGAAGAGGAGAGGAUUCUAAAUCCAAUGGAGAAAAAUCUUCAAGUAAUUCAAGAGAAUUUAAAUUUCAUCCAGGAGGAAAUCUCAAAGUUACAGGAACAGAUGGAUCAACAAGACAAUACCAUAUUCCUCAUGGAGGAAGCUCGUCGGAAGAGAAGGGUAAGUGACAAUAGGCAGGUAUUGUCAGUGACAGGUCGUGCCCUACUGGUUGAAAAAUUCGAUCACCUCUAUUUGCUUGACAUAGCGUUGGAAGAAGUGAUUGGCAGCAUUAAACAAGUCUCUGUCACCCUGGAUGUGGAAACGGCGCAUCCGCUGCUCGAGGUGUCUGAGGAUCGUAAGAGUGUGAGACGGACCGAGACCCAGAGGAGUCUCCCUGACACCGGGAAGAGGUUCACAGACUGGGCUUGUGUGCUGGGAUCGGAGGGGUUCACAUCGGGGAGACAUUACUGGGAGGUGGAGGUGACGGGGAAUCGGUGCUGGGGUCUGGGAGUCGCCGCAGAGUCUGUGGAGAGGAAGCGAUGGGUCACACGGAGUCCGGAGACCGGAUUCUGGAUCAUCGGGCGGGAUGGUGACGAGAUGAAGGUUCUCACCUCCCCUGAGUCCCGUCUCCCUGCCGGUCCCAUCCCCGGGAGGGUGGGAGUUUAUCUCAGUUACGAGUCCGGGACAGUUUCAAUUUACAACGCGGAGACCAAGUUCCAUCUCCACACCUUCACUGGGAACAAAUUCACGGAGAAACUUUAUCCUUUAUUCGGGACAGUAUAUCCAAACGAGCGGCUGAGAAUCUGCUCUGGUUCCGCUCCGGGUCUGUAAACGGGUCGGGUCCGGGACCGGCGUCAGGAGUAAGUCAGUGUAAAUAUAAAUGUGCGAAGAGUGAAAUAAACACGAUG